ACUCGUGUCCACUCUCUCCACUCCAUUCGCUUUGCUACUAGCUAACAGCAGCAGCAGCAGCAGGGUAGCUCCUCAGUCCAGUACGUCUCGGGUGAACAAGAUCAGCAGGUCGAUGGCGCUCUCUCGUCGCAUGACCGCGUCCGCCCUCCUGCUCUUCCUCCUCGUCGCCACAGAGAUGGGGACGACGACGGUCAAGGUGGCGGAGGCGCGGAACUGCCUGUCGCAGAGCCACAACUUCAAGGGCGCGUGCCUCAGUAGCAGCAACUGCGCCGCCGUCUGCCGCACGGAGAACUUCCCCGACGGCGAGUGCCACGCGCCGCACUACGAGCGCAAGUGCUUCUGCAAGAGGCCCUGCUAGGCCGCUCGCUCGUCCCGCCCUGCUGGCCAGCGACGAGACACGUCCCAUGAUAGCUAGAUCAUCCGUGCCGUUAGCUAAUGAGCUUAUAUCUGUUCUGUUGGUCGGUGCGUCCAGGUUCGUCAGUCAGUCGUACUAGUUCUUAACUAGAUCAUCCGUGCCGUAACUAGUUCUGUUCUGUUCGUCGGUGUGUCCCUCUUAUAUUAGUAGUAGAACCAAUAAAGUAGAAAAUCAAUCGGGGUCUCGGUAGUUUACUUCGCUGUACGUCAUGUUUGUGCCUGAUUUGUGUGUGGUGAUGUAAUAAAUAUGUUCGUUGUUUCAGCAUGGAUGGACUUGUGCUGUUGUGCAAUGCAUCCCCCUUUCCCCCUGUCUCUGUGUAAGUGUGUGAUCGUGUUCAAAGAGAAAUGCUAGUAUUAUUGCUUGUGACUA